AAAUUUUGAGUUAUGACUCUUUUGAAGACGGUGUGCGAUAUAUGCACAUGUAUGCGACGAUAUUUAGUUUCUAACAGUUUCUAAUAAUAAUUGGACCUGAUUGUUGCAAAUAUUGUUUGAAAAUGAAUUUAAAUUAGUUUUAGACGAAAGAAACCGAAAUUAUAUUUUUUAAGUAUGUUAUUAAAAGAGUUGAUCCGAUUUUCAACGCAACAUCGGACAUUGCACUGUUAUUUACUACUAAGUAUAUGGAUUUUCCUUCUUAUUGCUGAAUUAAUAUUUUCAGGUAUGUACAAAUACAUUGGCUACAAUGGUAAUUCUCUUAGUAGUACCUUUCGCUUCCUCAACGGAGAAUCGCACUCACAAUCAUUCUCUGAAGCUGCGCAGUAUUCGGAGGAUGUCGAAUCCGAGACACAAGAGAAGACUUUGUUGAAGUAUAGUAAAUUUAAAGAACGUUGUGCACCUCUAGGACAAUUGGUGCGCCAUGAUGAUGGUGGAAUAUUGGAUGGUUGGAAGCUGCAGGGGGUUCUGAUGGUCAUUAGACAUGGGGACCGUGGUCCCAUGUCCCAUAUGCGCGACGUAAUGGGAAUCGACUGUGGUAUGAACAACAAUGGCUUAGUUAAUCGUUAUCGCAGUUUUCUGUAUAAUUCCACAUCAUCUUCAAGCUCUAAUCACAUGUAUUGGAAUAAAGUCGGGCCAUUUCAUGGGUUUCCAUUGCUGCCGGCCUCGGAGCGUGCAUGCCUCUUAGGCCAAUUGACUUUUAAGGGUGUGGCCCAGAUGUUACAUGUCGGUGAUAUUCUGCACCAGAUUUAUGCUCAUCCAUUAGGGCUGCUUAUUAAGCAAACUUCAAAUAGAUCUUCAAUGGGUGGCGCUUCAACACCAAAUUCAUUGCUUAACUCCGACGAAGUGGUAUUAUUUUCCACGCGCUACAGGCGAACUUUCCAAUCAGCUUUAGCAUUACUCUUCACCUUCCUGCCCAAUGAGAAGUGGUUAUCCUUGAAUAUCCGGGAGUCUCACAGUAUGGCGUUUUGUUUUACCGAUUGUGCCUGCCAGCAAGCAGAAGUUUUGCUCAAACGACGAAAAGUUGAACAGAAGUUGAACUUAACCUUUCAACCGGACAUUAGUAAAGUCAUCCAAUGGGUGGGUGGUACUUUGCUGCAGCAAACCCCAAACGGAGUAAAUAAUGUCCACGACGUUCUUGAUGUGCUAAACACGGUUUUGUGCCACGAUGCGCCGUUACCUUGUCGGCAUUCUAUUUUAAACAAUACGCAGCUAUUUUCAACUACACAACUAAAUGCAAUCGAUUUAAAUGAUGUCAUUAAUAUCGACCAAGAUGAACAAGUUGGAAACUUAGUAGAAACUCAUUACGUACCUGAAAAAGCAUUGAAUGAUGAAGCCGAUGGUCAAAACGUGAUGGGGUGUGUCGAACAGUCACACGUAACCGCUCUGAUGGCAUACGAAAAUUGGCAGUCAACGCAAAAUGCUGAACAUGUUUAUUACAAACGAAUCGGACUCCUUCGGGCUUAUGGCAUGAUGCGUCACGUAGUCAGCUAUAUGCUGCGGAUGAUAUCCGGUGACCGAACCCAAUUUGUACUAUACUCGGGCCAUGAUUGGACUCUGCAAUAUCUAACUGCUGCAUUGGGUAUAAGAACUGGUAAUACAUUUAUAUCUUAUGCAACUCGAUUGGCCUUUGAACUUUAUAAAAGCGAAACACAUACGGAUUAUUACUUCAGGGCAGUCUACAAUGGUCGGGAUGUGACACAACAAAUCGAUUUUUGUGAAGGUGGCAAAAGUCUAAGAAUUACACGAGAUAGUCGAGGUAACAAAGCAGACCUUUGCCCAAUCGAGAACAUCAUUCGAUUUCUGCACGAAGACUACUUUUCGUCGCUGAAUGCAACGAAUUUCAAGGAUGCUUGCAGCCCAUCAUCACCACAUAAGGACACUGAUUUCUAAUAAGCAAAACUCACAGGAAUCUAGCUCAUACAUAUCUUUGUCAAAAUAUUACUAAAUUUAGUGUAUGUAUUUUGAAGCCAUUCUAACAAAAAUGUAAUCCAAACAUAUCAUUAUAUAAUAAGUAGAUAUAUUCUAAUGUUAUGCUAAAAUCCGUCGCACGGAGUUCAGUGGAACCCAGAUGAUCUUUGCUGUUAUAUGUAUAUUUUAUAUAGAAACCAUGAUAAAAACAUAGCAAGGUAUAACCGUUCUCUCAAUUUGUCGGCCAUGAUUUUUUUUUGAAGUU